CACUUGAGGCAAGACUCGACAGGUCAUAGGUCUUACAUGUAAAUGUGCAUGUGCACUUACAUACUACCGGUAGUUAUCUUAAAACGUCUGCUAUCUUGUCACGUGCGUUCCCGGCGGGCUAUAUCCCGGUACUGGUCAAAUGUGAACCGAAUCCCGAGUUAACCGAGUUUACCACCCUGCGUUUUCCAGUUCACCCUCUCUCGAAAACCAGAUGGCGGUCGUUGCUGAAAUUUCAAGUUUUAUCUUGGGGAAUCUAUCAACCGUGCUGUUAAUUGUAGUAACCUUGGCAAUCGUUGUGAGGUUUCUUCGGCUACCUGCUGGGACGCUGCCUGUGGGACCGAAAGGAUGGCCUGUCAUUGGAUAUCUUCAGGGUGUCGGUGCUCAUAUCUAUCUCCAUUACACCGAGUUAGCGAAGCAGUAUCAGUCAGAUGUGGUGUCCUUCACAUUAGCCUCAAGGUUGUUCGUGGUCUUGAACAGUUAUGAUGCCAUCAAGCAAGCCUUCCUCAAGCAAGGUGACGUGUUCUCUGGACGACCCGAAUCGAUACACAAGAACUUCAUUGCAAAAGGAAAUGGUUUGAUAUCGUCGGAAGGUUCAAAGUGGAAAGCGCAACGAAAAUUCAGCUUGACAGUUCUGCGAGGUUUUGGCAUGGGGAAGAACGGGAUGGAAGAAAAGAUAUUGGAUGAGAUCGGACAUUUUCUCCAAGAAGUUGAACACCGACAGGGGGCGCCUUUCGAUAUCCGGGACCUUUUAUCAGCCUCCGUUUCAAAUGUGAUCUCUUGUGUUGUUUUUGGUCACAGGUUCAAAUACGAUGACAAGGCAUUUGUUGACCUUUUGAGUCGGUUUGAUGAAAAUAUGAAAUAUGGCGGCGCGUUGAAUCCGGUGAACAUACUCCCGGCGUUACGUCAUCUGCCUGGCGAUAGGUGGCACUUUCACUUGAUGUUACACAACGUACGUCGUGUGCAAAAAUUUGUACAGACUGAGAUUGACCAGCAUCGCGAAACCUUCGAGGAGGGAAACCAACGCGAUUUCAUAGAUAUCUAUUUGGAGGAACUUAAACAGAGCAAAGAAAGAGCAGCUGAAAGUGGCAAUGAAAGUGAAUUUAAUGAUGAACAAUUGAAACAGAAUAUAUUGGAUUUGUUUUUUGCCGGAUCUGAGACAACCAACACGACAUUGCGAUGGGCGAUAAUCUACAUGAUGCUCUACCCAGAGGUACAACAGAAAAUACAAAAAGAACUGGACUUGGUCAUUGGCCGGGAAAGGUUCCCGCGGACAGAAGACCGCGCACGACUCCACUACACAGAAUCCGUCCUCUUAGAGAUCCAGCGCCACUGUACGAUGGGACCCCUUGCCAUACCACACACAGCAACGACCGAUGCGGAGUUCCUUGGGCAUUCCAUACCCAAGGGAGCGAUGAUGAUAGCAAAUAUCUGGGCAGUACAUCAUGAUCCGCGAUUAUGGGAAAAACCAUAUGAGUUUCAGCCAGAACGAUUCCUUGAUGCAGAGGGCAUUUUCAGAAGUUCCGAAUACGUUAUUCCCUUCUCUGUCGGUCGCCGUGUGUGCCUUGGAGAAGCCCUUGCAAAAGUUGAACUUUACAUCUACUUCACGACAUUGCUUCAGCGGUUUACUUUGAAACUGCCCGAAGGCGCUCCAGAUCCAGACAUGAAGGGGACAUACGGUAUAACUAGGGCCCCUCAUCCACACUCACUUUUGGCUAUCAAGCGAAGCGGCUGCAAUUUGGAUAGUGAUUAAGACCAUUAUAUUCAUUGUCGAUGGAAUCUUCGGUGGUGAAAAUUCCUUCUUUGUGAUAGCACUAUCAACUUUGGUGCCUACCCAAGGAUUUACAUAUGACGUUGUUGAGUGUUUCCCGUUCAGGGUCGUGUUUCCCCGAAUUGUUUGAGAACGCUGAAGGAUAUAUUGCAUGCUUUUCUCUGUUUCCCCCUACUGAAAGGUCAUGGUCUCUCUAGCUGUUAUCUGAUGUACGGAACACUGAAACAUGUGGAAAAGCCAAAAACGCUGCACCGGUAUCUGAUCUUUGACCACACCAAGGACGACACCACUCUCAGGCCGCGCGAUCAGUGCCCACAAUGAAUGGAACUCAUCUUCGUUUCGCCAAAAACUAAUGUUGCUUAAUGUACAUUAAUUAUACAGAAGGUUUUUCCGUGAUGGCGGUCGGAUCAACCUUUAAAAGUCAAUGAAAUCCCUAGAACUCUCUAUUGACAGUUCCUCGAGGAAAACUAACUGUAAAUCGUGCUUAAAUCAGAUGGCGGGCUUCUCGGCAAUUGAGGAUCGAAACUGAUCUGACAAAGCCCGCAAAUCCUAUAUAAGAAUUUCAUCCCUCGAAAUCAAAUUCCAUACUCGGCUACAUGCAUUUGCAAAUCCUGUAAGUCAUUUGUCAGCGUUCAAGUCCAAUAUUCGUGAAACAUCGAGUCGAUUUGUAAGGGAGUCAAUUUAAAUUGGCUUUAUACCAUUUAACUAUACAUGUACAUGUAUGGAACCUCUCUUAGUGGACACCUCUCUAUCAGGGAAAACCUAUCUAUUAAUUUGUUGUUUUCAUUAAAUUUAACCUCUCUAAUCAGGACGUCUCCUUAUUAUGGACAACAUUUGUCAGUCCCAAGGGUGUUCUUAAUAGAGAGGUUCUACUAUAUAUGCUGAGGAGAUCUUCAAUGGUCCUCAGUGCUAGCUCUAUAAGCCGACAACUACCACUUGAUUUAACAAAAUUCACCAUGUCGUACGAGUUGGGUAUCAUAAUAUUUAGUAGAAAUUUUAAGAAAUAUUUUCGUGAAAAAUGACUUUUUAUUAGAACGUAUUGUUCAUGUAUAUAAGACAUCUGUAAACAACAACAUAGAAUAAACUAUUUGUGAAUUCA